GUGGCGGCUGAGGUUGGGGUCCUGAGUGCGCUAAGGGAGUUGAGCCUCAACUACAAUGAGCUGACGAGCGUGCCGGCGGAGAUCGGGCAGCUCACGUCGCUGACGGGGUUGAGCCUCAGCCACAAUCAGCUGACGAGCGUGCCGGCGGAGAUCGGGCAGCUCACAUCGCUGAGGUGGUUGAACCUCAGCUACAAUGAGCUGACGAGCGUGCCGGCGGAGAUCGGGCAGCUCACAUCACUGCAGUGGUUGUCCCUCGAAGACAACCAACUGACGAGCGUGCCGGCAGAGAUCGGGCAGCUCACGUCGCUGAGGGAGUUGAUCCUCAACAACAAUCAGCUGACGAGCGUGCCGGCGGAGAUCGGGCAGCUCACAUCGCUGGAGUGGUUGAACCUCGGCGACAAUCGGCUGACGAGCGAGCCU